GUCGUGAGGGGGACAAGAUGGCGGCCUCGACCAUGACGACGAUUCGACAGCGAGUCGAUCGCAUGGAGAAGCCCUCGACAGAGCGCCGUGCUAAAAGGCAUCAAUGCGACCGGUGUCCCUACAGCACGGAUCGCCCUGGACACAUGAAGCUGCAUGAGAGAACGCACACGGGCGAAAAGCCAUUCAAGUGCACCGUGUGUGGGAAGGCUUUUGUAUGUUCAUCAAAUUUUCGAGUUCACGAAAGAAUACACACGGGUGAGAAGCCCUACAAGUGCACUGUGUGCAUGAAGGCAUUUGGUCGUUCAGAACCUCUUCAAAAUCACGAGAGAACGCACACGGGUGAGAAGCCCUACAAGUGCACCGUCUGUGGGAAGGCAUUCAUCUACUCAAACUAUCUUCGGAUUCAUCGGAGAACGCACACAGGCGAAAAGGCAUUCAAGUGCACCGUGUGUGGGAAGGCAUUUGUCUAUUCAAACUAUCUUCGAGUUCACGAGAGAACGCACACGGGCGAAAAGCCCUACAAGUGCACUGUGUGUGGGAAAGGGUUUGCUGCGUCAGGACAACGAAAGAAGCAUGAGAAGAUCCACGAGAGGGUGAAAUCUACUUGCGAUGGUCAAAGUGCUGCUCCCAUGAGUCCAUCUCUCAUAAAACAAGAACCGGAAGAAACUGACAACUUCGCUACGUGGCCAGGAGUGAUGAAGUGUGAAGAAGAGAUAACGGUGAAGCGUGAAGGUCAGGGUUCGACUCCAGGAGGCGACCUCCUGGUGGAUGGAGUGGACGUGAAGCAGGAGGAUGAGAAUCGAGAUUGUCGCUUGUGAUGACCCCGUCGUUUUUGAAAAAGGGGUCACUUCAGCUUUGUCGGCAUUACCGGGAAAAAAAAAUGUGUUCGUUUAGUAAACUGGAAAAGGACUUUGGCCAUAUUCCAGGGAUCCAUUUGUGCGCCGUUUUCUUUUUUUUUGGGGGGGGGGGGGGGGGAGUUAAAGAUCGCGUAAAUAUAUAUACUGUAUACCCGGUGCGGUUUGUAAACAUUGCCCCCUAGGGGGACAAAUGCGUUCAGCCGUAUUGCUGGCCACCCACCCACUCACUAGUGUAUAAUGUAACAUAGAGACCCAUAGACUCACAAAGAGACCCAUAGACUCAUAACGCAGACCAAUAGAUUCAUCACGCAGAUACCCAUAGACUAAUCACACAUACACAUAGACUCACACAGAGACCCAUAGACUCACAAAGAGACCCAUAGACUCGUCACGCAGACCAAUAGAUUCAUCACGCAGAUACCCAUAGACUAAUCACACGUACACAUAGACUCACACAGAGACCCAUAGACUCACAAAGAGACCCAUAGACUCGUCACGCAGACCAAUAGAUUCAUCACGCAGAUACCCAUAGACUAAUCACACAUACACAUAGACUCAUCAUUUAGAGACCCAUAGACUCACAAAGAGACCCAUAGACUCAUAACGCAGACCAAUAGAUUCAUCAUGCAGAUACCCAUAGACUAAUCACACAAAUCCAUAGACUCAUCAUUUAGAGACCCAUAGACUCACGCAGAGCCAUAGACUCGUCAUACAGAGACCCAUAUACUCACAGACCCAUAGACUCCCACAGAGACCCAUUGUAAUUUUAAUAAUUGCAUUGUGAAAAUUCGAAAGUUUUCAGAAAUGUUGAUUGUGCAAUGUAAUGUUAGAUGUGUCAUUACAAAAACGUGUUUGUUGUGUGUGUUAUUAUUGUUAUUUGAAGUUUUCGUGACUGCAGGAAUCCAUACUCUUUGGUUCUUUCAGUAAAGUCACGUUUCGGGCGCAACCCAUUUUAUUUUAUACCUACGUGACUACCGAAAGAACCAAAGAGUAUUAUUGUUGUGAUUUAUAUUCUUGACUAAUAUGUAUGUUUAUGAUUAUUUGCGAUUAUGCACAAAGUGUAUCGCGACUUGUUACUGGCUCUCUAGUUGUCUAGGGGUUUGCAAUGUCAAUCGUGACGACAUCGAUGAAUCUCGCUUCAACAUUCAAACGCGGCGUGUCGGGCCCAGCACGCUGCCUGUAGAGCAGCCUCGGACAGCAGCCUGCACGUGACCACACCCCCCUCUCCCCUGGCCUCUCCACCAAAUACAACGUCAAGUCACUGGGCUUAACCAACAACUUUUACAGCCUGUCGCUCGGGCACUCUAUCGGUGUGCGACGACUCAAAUCUCCACCUGUUCCACGUCUCAGCUCACAACUCUUAGCUUAGUGCAGUACGACUUCUCCAAGUCCUUCACUCUGCAAGUGACUCGAAAAUGAAAAAGCGUCGAGGAAAACUUUCAGCAAUACUUAAGUCUGCCUCGGCAAGAACUCAAAUCUUAACUACUCGGCGCUUUUCUCCCGGCAAAGCUCAACUUAUGGAUGAUUGCGAGAACUGUACCUCAAUGCACGUGAUGAAUGACGUCACAAAGCAGUCCUUAAAGAGCCUCAAUGCACGUGGUGAAUGACGUCACAAAGCAACCCUUAAAGAGCCUCAAUGCACGUGAUGAAUGACUGUCACAAAGCAGUCCUUAAAGAACCUCAAUGCACGUGAUGAAUGACGUCACAAAGCAGUCCUUAAAGAGCCUCAAUGCACGUGAUGAAUGACGUCACAAAGCAACC